CGUUCCACCUCCGGCCCAGGUGCGGCGUUCCACCUCCGGCCCAGGUGCGGCGUUCCACCUUCGGCCCAGGUGCGGCGUUCCACCUUCGGCCCAGGUGCGGCGUUCAAACACCAACUCAGGUGCGGCGUUCCACCUUCGGCCCAGGUGCGACGUUCCACAUUCAGCCCAGGUGCGGCGUGGACCGCAGCACUUGCAGUCCAAGUGCUGCGGUCCAUGUGCGGUGUUCCAACACCGACCCAGGUGCGGCGUUCCACCUUCGGCCCAGGUGCGGCGUUCCACCUGCGGCCCAGGUGCGGCGUUCCACCUCCGUCCAAGUGCUGCGGUCCAUGUACGGCGUUCCAACACCUUCACAGGUGCGGCGUUCCACCUGCCGUCCAAGUGCUGCGGUCCAUGUACGGCGUUCCAACACCUUCACAGGUGCGGCGUUCCACCUUUGGCCCAGGUGCAGCGUUCCACCUCUUGCCCAGGUGCGGCGUUCCACCUCUUGCCCAGGUGCGGCGUUACACCUCUCCCCCAGGUGCGGCGUUCCACCUUCGACCCAGCUGUGGCGUUCCACCUUCGGCCCAGGUGCGGCGUUCCACCUUCGGCCCAGGUGCGGCGUUCAAACACCAACUCAGGUGCGGCGUUCCACCUUCGGCCCAGGUGCGGCGUUCCAACACCGGCCCAGCUGUGGCGUUCCACCUGCGGCCCAGAUGCGGCGUUCCACCUACGGCCCAGGUGCGGCGUUCCACCUGCGGUCCAAGUGCUGCGGUCCAUGUGCGUCGAUCCAACACCGACCCAGGGACGGCGUUCCACCUACGGCCCAGGUGCUACUUUCCACCUCCGGCCCAGGUGCGGCGUUCCACCUUUGGCCCAGGUGCUACUUUCCACCUUCGGCCCAGUGCGGCGUUCCAACACCGGCCCAGGUCCGGAGUUUUACCUGCGGUCUAA